AUGGGCAAAACGAUUGAAACGCGUGUGUUCUCGUCAUUGUGGAAUCUGAAACAAGAACGUGGUCAAAGAGAGUUUGCCUGUCGCUAUUCAAAUAAGUUUAUGGUUAUGGUUUUAUUGAUGCUUUGUGGUGAUAUAGAAUCGUGCCCUGGUCCAUUUCAUGUGCCACUCGAAGAGUUUAUAAAUAGUCGUGGUCUCAAAGUCUUUCACCAUAAUAUAAGAGGACUAUUUUCAAAUUUCGUUCAAGAGCUUUUCGAUCGAUACAAGGGUGUGGAUAUUAUGACGUUAUCAGAACCUCAUAUCGUUGACAGACCAGUGGCGUAGCCAGAACGAUAAUUGGGGGGCCCAUAUUCAUAUAUUCGUGUUCACAUACCAUAAAAACAAUUGAUUUCAAAAGAAAUUGAUAAAGCAGAACACGAAUAUAUGAAUAUGGGCCCCCCAAUUAUCGUUCUGGCUACGCCACUGUGACAAACAGUAUGAUGAUAUUGAAGGCUUAUUUAUCAUUGAUGGUUAUAAGUUUAUCAAACGAAAUCGGAAGCGGGGACAUGCUGGCGGUGUGGCCCUUUAUAUAAAGGAUAAUAUUCUAUGGAGAAGAAGGUAUGACCUAGAAACGGACGACAUAGAAAGUAUUUGGCUCGAGAUAUUCAUUGCAAAAUCAAAAAGCAUUCUGAUUGCGACCUUCUAUAGACCUCCAGGGAGUUCGGUUUACGUACCUAAUGAAUUUAAUAAGACCUUUAAUGACAUGCUUUUAAAUGGGACAAAGGAAAAUAAAGAAAUCAUUAUCCUGGGAGAUUUUAAUGUUGAUUAUUUGAAACCCAAUGAUAACAAAGAAAUUAAAAGCAUAUUUCAACUGUUUGGCUUUAAUUAA